AUGCCUACAGAUCGUUUUGCACCUUAUCCAUUACCAUCUCAUCUUAGUCACAGUGAUUAUCGAAAGAAUGCUAAGCCAAUUAUGGAAAAACGAAGACGAGAGAGAAUCAAUCGAAGUUUAGAAGAACUGAAGAAUCUCAUUCUCGACAAUGCAACAACAAGUAAUGUACGCAGUCAUAAAUUAGAAAAAGCUGAUAUUCUCGAAAUGACUGUCAAACACUUACGAGCAGUUUACAAGCAUAAACUAGCCAGUGCAGCUGUUGUUGAUCCAACGAUUGCUUCGAAAUAUCGUGCUGGUUACGGCGAAUGUGCGAAUGAAAUCAUACGAUUCUUAACAACAACACCCAAUGCGGACUUAGAAUUGAAAACGAAACUUAUUUCACAUUUAUCAACUCGUAUACAAAAUCUUUCUUCAUUAUCCAUUUUACCACCUAUACAACCCUCUCUACCAUCACUUCAUCAUGCUACUGGUUUAUUGACAAAAACAGAUCGCUAUUCAGUUAAUUCAUCAACUAAUAAUCAAUACAUAUUUAUUUUAUCUCAGCAAGAACAACAACGACAACAGCAACAGCAACAGCAAACUCAACAACAAACUCAAGACACAUCGGUAACAUACGAUGAUGCUGAGUGUAGUUCAACAUCUUCGAAUAAUUCAAGCGAUUGUGAAUCGUUAAAAUCCGAAUUUCUCACAGCAACACCUACAGAUAGUCCAGCAAGUACAAUGAAUGAAUCACCAUCGAAAGUAUGGCGACCUUGGUGA